CUAAGGAGAAAAAAAAUGGAAACUAACAACAGUGAACAAUCAGUGGACCUGUAGUGUAGAAAAUGUAAAAAGCAUACGAAAACAAGGCUAUUUAAGAUUUGAAUAAUAGAUUCUAAAAUGAAAGAAAGUCUAAGCGUACAUGAUUUUUAUCGACGGUCACAAAAUCGAUCCAAUAGUGUCGACAAUGAAAGGCGAGAAGUGAAGGAUGGUUCAGGUUGUUUACGACUCCGGAGCUACGAAAGAAAAAGAGAAGGAAAUUAUUAUAAACAUAAAAGAUACAACAGUGGUUCUAAAGACACGUUUUCAGAAAGAGCUGCAAUCUUCCCUGAAACUCGCCCAUUACGUUAUUUACCUUUAGGCCCUAAUCAGCUGAAAGAAGAUUGGUUGAAAUAUGAAGAUUGGUUAAAUAGAAGAAAAGUGUACCGAUCACAAAAACCUUUUUCUUUUUAUUCUUUAUGGGAAGAAUCAGACACACAAGAAAAAUCAUCACAUGUGCAUUCGUUGCGUAGUGACAAGUAUUCUCAUUCGAGUAGUUCUUCUUGGUCAGUACCCGAAAAACAAGUUGCAGAAACAUCUUCCUUCCAAUUGUCACGCCGGGAAAAGUCUUAUUUGGAAAGUAACAAACAGAACAAUAAAGAAAAUGAGCAUUGUUUGCGUGUAGUGGAUAAAAGUCGUCGGGGCGAAUCACGCAAAUCCCACAGUUCAAGUGUUUCGCAAACGAGUUCCUCUUCUGAUAGUGGUUCCUACUACAGAAAACAAGGACAUCGUUUCAAAGAACCAAAAAAAAGGAGAAAGAAGAAAGAUGACACAAAUGCACGUAAAUCACAUAAAAAGAGACAUAAAAGUAUAGAAAAGUACAGUACAUCUUGUGAUUCUCGUGAUUUGCGGCGGCAAAAAAAAAAACAUAAAAAAAAAAAAUCUCACAAACACUCGAAACAUGUUCCAUUGAUUUCGGCCGACCCACCCCAUGUCGGCAAUUCUGAGAUGAAUUUAGAAAAAACGUCUAGUGAAAAUGAAGAGAAACAAGCAGAAGUUUUGGUUGAGAAAGAAGUCCUUUUAAAGGCUCCAUGUGAAGGUAUUUUACAAAGAAAAGUAGGUUUAACAGAAGAAUUGCUUUUUGAGGAAAAAACGAUUGAAAGAGUUAGUGAAAAUAAGUCAUCACCUCAUGAAACAGUAACAGUUUAUUCACAAAAAAGUGAAUCAGAUCUUCGCAAACCAAAUGAAUCAGAUCUUCUCAAACCAAAUGAAUCAGAGAAGGAUGAUACUGAUGAAGAAGACGACAUGCCUGGACCAAAGCCUUUAGAAGCGAAUGAAAAGCUAUCGAAACAAACUUUAAAUUACGGUGGAGCAUUGCGUCCAGGAGAAGGAGAAGCAAUGGCGCAGUUUGUGCAAACAGGGCAACGUAUUCCUCGACGUGGUGAAGUCGGUUUAACCGCUAGCGAAAUAGAAUCUUUUGAAUCCCUAGGAUAUGUUAUGAGUGGAUCAAGACAUCGACGCAUGAAUGCGGUUCGAAUACGUAAAGAAAAUCAAGUGUAUAGCGCAGAAGAACAGCGAGCAUUAGCUAUGUAUAAUUACGAAGAACGAGCCAAUCGUGAUUCACAACUGAUUGCUGAUUUAAAAGAAAUGUUGUCUAAACAAAACGAGAAAUUUCUUACUGAAUCAAUGCAAGAAAAAAUUGCUCAACUUAAGGCUCAAGAAUGCUUGUCUUCUGAACAACCCUAAUAAAAAAAAAUUUCAAGGGGAACAAGUUGGAAAGAAGUUUAUAUAUGUUUUAGAGAAAUACUUUGCGUCAUAAAAUCGUUCAUGAUAUUCUUUUAAAAAAAAAAUCAAAAAAUUCAAUUUUAAUGUAGAAAGCUAGCGACAUUAAAGAGUUAUUAUUGAUUUCAAUCAAACAAAUUUU